UAUUUGAAUAGCCUCAUAUACCGUAAAUACAUAUACAGAUAUACAGAUAGAUAUCUUAUAUCUAGAAAUUAUACUAAAAAAAAUGUUGCAUUAGGUAGAGACCACAACAUCCAACAGUAACGUUUGCUAGCAUGCUAACACAGACAAAAGUGGUUUAGUUACCUGUAUCUUUGCAGCUAAUUUUAGCGAUUUUUCCUUUUGAUAGACGGAAUCGUAACACUGACCAACCUGAACAAAAGUAGCUAAAAGUGACUAUCUCUUAACUGUAGCUAGCUGCUCAUAGACACUUUACCAUGAUGUCCGCAGCCAUCAUAACCUUCCAGUCGCAGCUCUCCGGCGUCAUGGAGACGGUCCUUAAGUCAGCCAUGUACGAGAUCACCAGGCUGGUGGAGGAUAGUUUCCUGGAGGAGGUGUCCCGGAACCGGGAGCAGGUCGAGUCACUGAAGAAGCGGCUGCAGUGGUCGGAGAACAGAGAGGGAGACCAGAGGGGGAAGUGUGGGGAUUGUGGGAAAGCUGGCAAGGAAGGUCAUGAGAUAAGCUUAGGAACUUCACAGACAGGUGUGGAGAGGGGGUGUGGCCUGAAGCAGGAGAAGGUACCAGAGGAGGAGUGGAGCAGCUGUGGGGGUGUGACCAGGGAAACAACCUUCGAUGAUCUGGAGGAGGCUGAGGCCACCAGCCCUAGGAGAACCUCUGAGUCCACAGAGGUCGGAGGUCAGAAGCUGGACAGUCUGCUGAAAGAGGAGGCUCUCCACAACACUGAGCUACAGGAGAGAUGGGAGUUCUGCCUGGAUGAGGCUGAUGGUUCAGACGUCUCUGGGCCCAGUAAGAGUUUUAUUCAGCAGGAGCUGCAGCAGUGCCAAGAUGAGUGGAGAUCCAGUCUAGACCAGAGGCCUGAACUACCAGGCCCCGAGGGACACUCAGGGGACCCCACCGAACCUCUCUACCGCCCCCACUAUAGCAUGGAGGAACUAGGGGGUGACUUUGAGAAGUCUGGUUACUGCAGUGGCGGUAGUGGCGACCAUCUUCUAGACAUGGAAGGGCUGGAUAGGCUUCCUGGUUCUCCGUCUCAUCUGGGAGCGCUGAGCUACGGAGCUGUGGGUCACUACCAAGUGAACCUGGGGGGGUUUAAGGGGGGCGACCAUCGCCAUCGCUCCCACAUGCCUGGCCCCCAUCGGAUCCGGAGGGAGCAGGUGGAGUCGCCAACGCCAUCUCCCCACCCAGAGGUGGGAGACCUGAACUGCCUGUUGAUCAACGAGGAGGGGUACCUGCAGGACUCCAGUGUCUUGUACCCUGAACACGGUGUCCCAGAGUUGGGUAACAGAGCCAGCCACCGAGCCAUCCACUCUGGAAGCUCAGCCCACAACAACAGAAAGAGCCCGGAUGAUGCCGCUGACGAUUUUGGACUCUCUCUAAACCUCAGAGAUCGUUCACAAGAGCAGGUAACAGGAGUAGGGGGGAGGCGUCAUGCCUGCAAUCAAUGUACCAUGACCUUCCCAGAUGCUGGUUCCCUCAAGACCCACAAGCAGACACACAAAACAGGGAGAGGGACGAGUUCAGGGUCUGGGCCUCCAUACUCCUGCACCCAGUGUGGUAAGACCUUCACCCAGGCCUGCAACCUCAAGGUCCACCAGCGGGUCCACCAGGCAGAGGGACUCCACCUCUGCAGCCACUGCUCCAAGGGCUUCACCUCCUUCUCCGACCUGAAGAGGCACAAGUGCAGCCAGACCACAGACAAGCCCUACUGCUGCUCCAUCUGUGGGAACAAGUUCAGUCGGCUCUGGAACCUCAAGCUGCAUCAGCGCAUUCACACGCAGGAGAAACCCCACCGCUGCACUAUGUGUGACAAGAGCUUCACCCGGGUGGACAUUUUGAAGAUCCACCAGCCUGGACGACGAGUCCGGAACGACGAGCACAAUCCGGACAGCCGCUGCCCAUCCUUGUGGCGGCCUGCUCCAUUUGCAGAAAUCCUAUCCGGGUCGACCACAAGAGGAGGACUGCAACGGCGAUCACCAACCAAACAUCCACUGCCCAUUCUUGUGGUGGACUGCUCCGCUCUCAGAGAGCCUACCAAGUUCAACCACCAGAAGGAGACUGCAACCAGGACAUCACGUGGUCAUUAUUUUUAUGUUGGUUUGCAACUUGCAGGAUAAUCACAAGAUUGAACCCACCAGAGGAGGACUGUCACGACAUGGCCCUUUUGGGUGUAUAUCGUGGCUCCCCCUUUCACUCUCUCUCCCACAUCAGGUUUUACAACGGUCAUAAAUUCCUGAUUGAAACUCUGAAUAUGAAGGGAGAGCCUACAGAGAACAAAUACAAUAUCCUUGCCAAACCUCCUAAUCCCCAAAAUGGGAGAAUUAAACAAUAUUUAUAUUUUUGAGAAUGUGGGAAUGGUCCAUGGACACUUAUUUUAAGGGACAGUCUUGUCGAGUGUGUUUCAUUUGGUGAUCUCAUGAAGGACAGGAAACACACAUUACUGUGUCUUUGGUUGCGUAUACUUCUCAAUUAUGGGGUUUACAUCUAAAUGUUGUGAAACGUAUAUGAUUACAUGUUAAUCUAUUUGUGAAAAGAUGAAAUGUGAUGUUAGCCUUCUAAAUGAGAGUAUGGGUUAUCAUAUAAAGUUGAACUAGUCAGUGGCCAAGCCCUCGUGAGCACAGCCAUGACACAGCGUCAUGGAACGUCCCCUUUUCUACAGAGUAUAAAACCACUUCCGACAAAAUGUACAUUAGAUCAGAAAACACGAGGCGGUAACUACAUGUUGAACUGGUUAACUUCUCUAGGGUAGGGUGCAG